AUGUUGUCCUUUGUGAUUCUAGCACUGUUGGGUGCAGCAGCUGCCCUCCCACUAGAAGAUGAUAAAAUUGUUGGUGGCUAUGAAUGUCAAAAGAACUCUGUGGCCUACAUAGCAUCACUGAACAUUGGCUACCAUUUCUGUGGUGGGUCUCUCAUCAACAGCCAGUGGGUUGUGUCUGCUGCUCACUGUUACCAGUCGCGUAUUCAGGUCAGACUGGGUGAGCAUAACAUUGACGUUUCAGAAGGAACUGAGCAGUUCAUAAACUCAGAGAGAGUUAUCAGACACCCCAACUACAACUCCUGGACCAUCGACAAUGACAUCAUGCUGAUCAAACUUGCCACCCCUGCAAACCUCAAUGCUUAUGUACAGGCUGUUGCCCUCCCAAGUGGAUGUGCUGCUGAUGGGACAUACUGUCUCAUUUCUGGAUGGGGGAACUUGUCGAGCAGUGGAAGUAACUAUCCUUCCAGACUCCAAUGUCUUGAUGCUCCCAUCUUGAGUGAUGCCAGCUGCAGAAGUGCAUAUCCUGGUCAAAUAACUGCUAACAUGAUCUGUCUUGGCUUCCUUGAAGGUGGAAAGGAUUCCUGCCAAGGUGAUUCUGGUGGUCCAGUUGUUUGCAAUGGACAGUUACAAGGUAUUGUCUCCUGGGGAUAUGGAUGUGCUCAGAAGAACAAUCCAGGAGUUUACACCAAAGUCUGCAACUACAAUUCUUGGAUUCAGAGCACCAUCAGUUCCAACUAAACUUAUGUCAGUUAACAAAGACUAGCAUGAAGGAAUUAAUAUUAUUUAGGCA